AUACACAUUUUUGCGUCCAAGCUGUAGUGUUAGACACGAGAUUUUGCGAGAAUUUAAUCAUGGCAGCCCUGCCAAUGGAGAAAUAUAAUGGCAAGACAAAUAAUGGUUUAUCAGGUAUUGAAUAAUGAUUACUUUUACUUAACAAAUGUUCCGGGGCCUUUUAGACAUGUAUUCCAGAUACAUUUAUAAUUGAUAACAUUUGUAGUGUUAAGAAAACAUCCUCAGUUUUGUUGUUUAAUAUUUUUUUUUACUAAUACCAGUAUAUAGUUAUGAGUUAGUUAAGUAGAAGUCUAAUAAGUAGUUUAAGACUUGGUUAAAGUUCAAGACAGUAGUAUUCUGAGUAAGUAAAAUGAGUAAGUAGGCAGUAUCAGUAGUAGUGAAGUGAAUUAGUCGCUUAGUCAGCCCAGCAGCCUAAGUAUACUAGUUGAAAAUUAGUGAGAGAAUUAGUAUUAUUAAUUUAUAAUUAUAAGGCCCGCACUAUGUGCACCGCGGCGGUGUACCUAGCGAAACUAUUGACUUUGGCCUGCGUUCACCGCGGCGGUGUAACUAGCUAAAUCAUGGUCUGUGGCCUGUGUACACCGCAGCGAUUUAAAGUAGCAAAACUAUGGUCUUUGCGAGUCUUUAACUUGUUGGCCUAACCGGUACUUGUAGAUUUAAUGUUAUACUCGUGUUAAAACUGAAAACUAUUUAUUUAAAAUUCGUUUAUUACCUUGGGAAGAUAUUGAGUAAGUUCCACGCUUAUGUGGCAAAGUACAUGUAAAGCAUUUCUUAUUAUUUUUUGGAAGGGAGGGGGCUGGGGGUGUAAUGUUAAACCAUGAUUUAUUUUUAAAGUUAACCACAUUAUUCCCCCCUCCCCCAAUAUAUUGAAAUACAAAUAUAUUUAUUAAUUGUUGUAAGUUUUAUCAUAUGAUUGUGAAUCUUAAUAGGCCUAAAAAGGGUAGCUAAUUUGAAAUUAUUCUCUCAUGCCCCCCCACCCAGUUGUUGUUGUUUUUUUUUUUUGGAGGGGGGCAUUAUAAAUAUAACAUUGUAUGUGAUCCCUCUGGGCGUUGUGUAAAAAUGAAUGGGAAGCCAGUGAAUCUAUUUUGUUAGCACAAAGAUAUAAUCACGCCACAAAUACACUAUGGGAAGAGAAUCACAUACUCAUACAUUGAUCAUGAAGUCGUGACGUUAAAGUUGUCCGAGGCAUUGUCAUUGUGAUACCAAGCGUGUGUCAACACAAAACAGCAGUAAAAUGAUAAAUAUGAAACACUGCCGUGAUUUUUAAAAGUCUUUUAACAAUAAUUAAAUAUCAUUGAUUUAGAUUUCCAUUGGCAUUACACAUUAGUAAAAAAUACCGGCGGAAAGGGGGGGGGGGGGGGGGGGGGGGGGGAUGCAAAAGGUAAGUUUGUUGUGCGGACGUCCUUUGGGGACAACCCCUAUCCAGAGCCAUGAUUUGUGAAUGCCCCCUUUUUGGUUAAGCCUCUGCCCAUAGCUCAUCAAGGAUCGAUUUCUUAACAAUAAAAAAAAAAAAAAAAAACAAAUAUAAAAACUUUGACAUAGCGCAAAUCCUGUCCCAAGCCCAUUGUGCAUUUUUUUUGGGGGGGGGGGGGGUGGCAUUAUAAAUAUAACAUUGUAUGUGAUCCCUCGGGGCGUGGUGUAAAAAUGAAUGGGAAGCCAGUGAAUCUAUUUUGUUAGCACAACGAUAUAAUUACGACACAAAUACACUACGGGAAGAGAAUCACAUACUCAUACAUUGAUCAUGAAGUCGUGAAGUUAAAGUUGUCCGAGGUAUUGUCAUAGUCAUUGUGAUACCAAGCGUGUGUCAACACAAAACAGCAGUAAGAUGAUAAAUACGAAACACUGCAGUGAUUUUUAAAAGUCUUUGAACAAUAAUUAAAUAUUGAUUUAGUUUUACAUUGGCAUUACACAUUAGUAAAAAAUGCCGGCGGAAAGGGGGGGAUGCAAAAGGUAAGUUUGUUGUGCAGACGUCCUUUGUGGACAACCCCUAUCCUGAGCCGUGAUUUGUGAAUGCCCCCUUUUUGGUUAAGCCUCUGCCCAUAACUCAUCACCACCCCCAACCCCUGGCAAGUAUCGAUUUAUUAACAAUUAAAAAAAAAAAACAAAUGCAAAAACUUUGACAUAGCGCAAAUCUUGUCCCAAGCCCAUUGUGCAAUGGUUUCUGUGAGAAAACGUCAUGUUUUACCCUGAGAAUAGCACAUGCCAUGCCAUUCUGGAAACAAAUUACGUCAUGAAAAGGGUAAACGCAGACCUAUGGCUUUGCUAUACAGUUUGCUACCGCUCCGCAAGUUUCUAAAAUCGAGGUGUUUUCAAAAGAUUUGCUGUGAGACUGAGUGUUGUGAAUGAACCUUUGAUAUCGUAUGUACAUUUUGCCAAUGCAUAAGGCAUAGUGAAAGCAAGAUGGUUCAAGGUUGAAAUACGACCAUGCACAUUAAUGACAUUAAAAUUAUAUGAUAUUAAUGAUAUACUGGUAUUUUCUUUGGGUGUUCAUAAAAGUAAAAUGUAAAUAUUCAACUACACGAAGAAUGUUGAAAUACAAUAGAAUAUCACUUAGUCACUUAGUAUUCAUAAUGUUUCUCUUACACAUGUUACAUACACUAUACAUGCGCUUUCAGAAACUUUAAGUUUGUUUUCAAAUGUCUAAAGUCUUAUUACUAAAUUUACCGGUAUUUUCAAAGUUAGAGGCCGGCACAACUUGUUGAAACACUUAUAUAUAUAUAUAUAUAUAAAUAUAUAAAGUGUAUUUAAUAUAAUAUUUAAACAUAUAUUUAAAUUGUUUAAAUUGCUACAAAAUAUUUUAAAACUGGGAAUUGAUUUCGAACUACAUUAUCCCCAAGCGUCCACUCUACCACAUGACCACACAAGAUCUUCUCUAAUAAGCAUAUCUUAAAACCAGGCCACUGGUACAUUUUUGCCGCGGUGUACCCAGGCCAAAGCCCACGAUUUCACUAGGUACACCGCAGCGGUUUACGCUGGCCAAAGCCGAUGGUUUCGCUAGGUACACCGCUGCGGUGUACGCAUCCACUUCAUAAUUAUAAUCAUUUUUUCAUAGUAAUAGUUUGAGCAUGACUAUUUCCAGUAUCAAUGCCAAGCCCAAUGGCCAUCAAUAAAAAACCCAGUCUUACUAAUUUUGACAUCAUAGGCUCUAAACUGUUUCUGUUAUAAAUAUUUGAAUUUUAUUUACAGUGGUGCCAGUUGAGCACAAUAAAUAAUUGUGGCUUCUCAGUACUCAGUUUGUUAUUGAAAGUUAUUGUGUCAAUGUGCAUGUGCACCACAAUCAACUCAACAUUUUAAAAGUUUUCACUCUCUUGCCGACUACACGCCGUUGUCACAAGAUUAUAACUAAAUCUAUAGAAAUAUCUGAUAAAUGUAUCUCAUUGCGCUGUGCAUUACCGGUAUUACCAAAACAAAUUAACGGAGCUGAGACUGUGCUUUUUGCUCCUUUCUUCAUCUUUGGUUUUCACUGAGCAAUAGCCAAGGUGCUAAGCUCAGUUUUGCAUGUGACACUAAGUUUUGUUGAUUGGCUGUAAAAUCAUAAUGUUAUCAUGUUAUAAUAAUAUUUUAAACAAAAAGGUCAAUAUCAAUGAAAUUAAGUGAAUAAUGAACGUUCAUUGUGACAUUGGUUAUUAUUUUUCCCAAAUACCAUUUUCAUUGAGUUAGUAGGAUAUUCACUCGACCUCUUGUCAUUGUAAUGAUGAUCCCAUUAUUAAUAUUAAGUUUAUUUUGCUGAAUAAAAUGCAUAUUUUUAACUAUAAGGGCAUAAAUUAAGUAUUAAAAAGACAAUUUUUAUUUUACCAGUAAUUAUCUACAUGCAGUAUUAUGUAAAAAUAUAAUCAACAGAAUUUGGUGACACAUUCCAUACUACAGGAACAUUCUUAGUUAUUAUAGUAAUAUACCAUAAAAAAAGGUCAAAGAAAUUUUCCAAUAUUGUAUUUUUUAAAAUUCACAGCUCUACAACUACUAAAGCUAAUGUUAUUUUUUUUCCAUAAAACUAUUUUUUUUGUAAUUGCUAUAUUUUUUUGGUCAUCACUAAGGCUACAUUAAAUUAUUCAUCCCUAACAUGUGUGGACAGAAACAUUGUUCUCUACCCGUAAGAAAUUAUGCCUAGAACGCUUUGUGCACUACCCAUCUCGUAAUAUAUAUUUGGCGCAUCUUGCCCUACCCAUUACAAGCCUUUUAUUUAAUAGCCUAAAGGAAGCCUAAAUUUACUUUUUUUACAAUUUAGAACAGUUGUAAUACACUUUAAACAGCUGUAAAGUUAACUAUUAUAAUUACUUAUUUGUGGUAUCUUUUAAAAUAUAAUUGUACCAAUUAUGUAUUUGGCGCAUCUUGCCCUACCCAUGACUAGCCUUUUAUUUAAAAGCCUAAAGGAAGGUAGGCACUUCGGUAAAACAAGAAAAAGCUACAUAUUUUUAAAGGAAAGGCCAUAAAAUAACACCUCAUUUGAUAACUAUGGUAAUGGUAGUCAUAUUCUUUGGUGGUAUAUGCUAUGUAUAAAGUGUAACACUUCAUUUUGAAAUCAUAAAAAAUUCUGGGCAGGCAGCUCAGCCCCGUCACCAAACCACACUUUCACUCAGGUGACUUCGGCCUGCAAAACCAAUUUCCACUCCCCCAACCCAGCUUUGUUUAUCAAAGUGGUGAUGAUGGAACCUUUUUAUUUGCGAUAAAGCUUUGUAUAUAAAUAUCUAUACAUCUGUCAUAUACUUUGGGAAGUGACCUUUUUAGACUUGCGAUGCAACUAGAUAUCCUAUAUGUUAUAAUGUAUGUUUAUUUUUGAUACAGUAUUAUAUAAUUUUUAGAUGGUAAAGCACUAUUGGGAAAAAAUAUUGUACUAUUUAGGGUAACCAGGUCUGGCAUUUUCCAGAUAACCUUCCAAGCCUCACAUUGCCACAAUUAUUUAGUUAGAUGGCCACCUGUGGCCUCAAUAAAUGAUUUGAAUUUUCAUAUUUUGACUUGUAAUGUGUGAAAAUUGAUGGAAGGUUUAUAUUUUUAUUAUUUUUAAAAUGUAAUGACUGAUGUUUAAGUAGUGUUACAGAUGUCAGUAAUCGUAAGAUUAAAAUGGCCUAAGUAGCCCAGUUUUAAUUGAUAUCACCCACUUAUUUAUUUGUAUUCUCAGCUAGCAUUCAAUUUCAAGUAUAGAUGAAAUAGCAGUACAUCUCUACAUUGUACCAGGUCUCCAAUUUUGUUUUUUGGUAAGUGUCUCUUUCUUAUCAAUUAUUUUGGAGAAAUAGGUGCUUUUGUCAAAUAAAAAGGGACACUCCCCAAUUUUAAAACUCAUUUACCCCUGAUCUUAAACUUAGUGGCCAUCCAAAAGGGAUGUCUUGCAAUUGUGGGGGGGGGGGGUCCCAUGAAUUUGUGAUGAUGUGUUAUGAGGGUUGGGAAAGUGGGAGGGUAGGGGAAAAAAAGUGCCAAAACUAAAAUGCCUUCAUUUAUGGAUGGCCUGUUAAUUGUAAGCUUGUGGCUGUGAUCUUUUUCAAAGUGUAAAUAACUGCUUCUUGAUACAAAUAAUACAAGUACGGCAUUGGUGAUAGGGAUUCAUCUUUACUUUAUUGUUAUCCACAAAGUCAAUUUGUUUCACAAGGCUAAGAAAUCAAAUUUAUUUUUUUUCCUUAAAUCCAUUGGGUACAUUUAGUUUUUUCCAAAUUUUAUUGAAUAUUUAUUUUGAUUCAAUCCGCCAGCACUGAUGUGUAUGUAUAGUUCCUGAUAUGUAGGGACAGUUAUUUUUCCAGCAAUCUAUAUUGAUUUCAUCUCAUUUAAUUUAUUGUUUAGUUGGUAGUCUGUGGGCAAAAUGGCUUCUACGCUAAAUGAGGAAAGUGUUGAAAAAAAAUUGAAGACGGUAAAUAAUACACAAGACAGCAUACAAAGUUUAUCCUUAUGGAUAAUCCACCACAAAAGUCACCAUGCCAAGAUUGUUGAGUUGUGGAUGAAAGUGCUGAAAAAGACAGGUACAUCUUUUAAUCAAAAUAAUAUUUUAAAAGAAAUGCAAUAAAAGUAUAUUAUUGUUCAUUGUCACAAGUGUUAUCAUGUCAAUUACUAAAUUACAGUUGAAUCAUUUGUAUAAAUUUAUUGGCGAUUAUCUCAAAUAAUUGAAUUGUUAAUACAUUACAGUUCAUCCAUCGCAUCGAUUGACUCUGUUCUACUUGUGCAAUGAUGUUGUGCAAACUUGCAAAAAGAAAAAGGCAUUCGUGUACAACACAACAUUUAAAGAACAUCUAAGAGAAGCCGCUGCUCUAGUCAGGUGAGUAUUUUUUUUAUGUUUUCUAGUACUGUUACCUGUAAAAAUUGACAGAUAUUUUAAUGAAUUGAAAAUUAUAGAAUUGAGUUGAUUAAAACUUAUAGUUCUCUAAGACCAUUUUUAAUUAUUGGCCAUAAAAAACAGCAGACAUUUUCUUUAAAUCAGAGGUCUCAAAUCAUCCGGGGGCCGCAGGAGGUAGAAUCUGAGUGAGACCGGCCCGCAUCAAGUAUUCCACAAAAAAGCGAUUACAAAUUCAAUGAAGUACAACUGUUACUAUCUGCUCAACCUUUAUUAAUAACGAAUAAAAACAUUAAGGGUGGUCAAGAACGAGGCUUCACUUACUUCCUCCUACAUCUUGUUGCCAGAGACGUGGCAGCGCUUCUUCUUACACAGCUGAGCAACAUUUGGUUAUUGUAUGGAGAAUGAAUUUUGAAUUUUUUUUUAAAUUGAGAAAAGACCUUUUCGACUAACCCUAUUUUGAAAGUGACCAAGCUGACAGGCUCGGAAUUUCCCUCACUCAUACACACUAGCAGCAAUUUUAAUGGGAAUUCUUUGAUGCUGUGUCAGAGUGCUACGAUUUACAUAAUUAUGUUUGUGCAUUACCCUCUAACGGAUUUUUUAAACUUUUGAUAUAUAUAUAUAUACAAUAUUCAAAGCGUGUUUUCUUAAAACUGCACUUUGGUAAAUUCAAUUUUACCAUUAAAAUCAACAUCCAAACCUAUACAAACAUAAUAAAAAUCAGAAUUAGACUAGUAGGUGAGAUUUGACUGAAACCGUCAUGGGAGGUCACAUUAUAGAUAUGAGAAUGGUGAAAAUGCGUGUGCCGCAUUAACACAAAACUUUGCUGUCAGGUAGCGGGCCACGAGUUUGAGACCCCUGUUUUAAAUGAUUAUUUUAGAUUUCUGCCGAUCAAAACUGAGAAUCAUCAACUAAACAAAAUCCUUCCCUAAUGUGGUUAAAAAUUUGUUAGAACUCUGAAGGGGAGACGGCUGUGUAUUCUGAAAAUGCAGUGCUGUGCAAAGGUUGUUUUACUAGUUCCAGCCAGACAUACAACAGGAAUUAUGUUAUUUGAAUUUUGGAUUUUUAUUAUUGUAUGUCAUCACAAAGGUAUAGAAAAAGAAUAUGAUCCCCUGAAUUCAGUAUGUCUCCUCCUUUCCCCCCCCCCCCCCCCCUCUGUUUCCCACUUGUGGUUAUUAAAAAUAAUGUUGGUCACCUUGCAUGUUUUGCUAUUGUGCCAUGUUGGAUAGCUUUGCUGCAGACAACACAGGAUCAUUGGGUUCUGUCAUGUGAUGAAUCUUUUAAGGGAUCUUCACAAAAGAAAAUCUUCCCAUUUUUGAAGGAAAGUUGGAGAGAGAGAGAGAGAGAACAUUUCAUAAAUUCCUCUUGCACACAUUCCAUUUGUUCUAGCUUUAUGAUAAUUGCUAGAAAAUUGAACCAGUGGUUGAGAUAUGUUCAUAACAAACAUUCAAUGGUCGCACACCCAAAAACUCUAAUAAAUAUAUUAAUGUAAAUGUGACCAUAUUCACUGCCGAUUUUUAAAUCUAAGUGCAAAAUGGAAGCAAAUGAAUGGCAAUAAAAGUUAAUGGGAUUAUUUCUGACCCCCAUUUUUUUUUUAAAAGUUGCCCAUUCCAAUUUAAAAUAGAGUCAAUGACACCAAUAUCUCAUACCAUGUUUCCUGUCUUUGCACAUCUGUCAUUACCAUCUUUCCUGUCUUUACACAUCUGUCAUUACCAUCUUUCCUGUAUUUACACAUCUGUCAUUGCCAUGUUUCCUAUCUUUGAGUAUCUGUCAUUACCAUCUUUCUUGUCUUUGCCCCUCUGUCAUUACGGUGUUUCCUGUCUUUGCACCUUUGUCGAUACCAUGUUUCCUAUCUUUGCACAUCGUCAAUACCAUCUUUCCUAUCUUUGCACCUCCGACAAUACCAUCUUUCCUAUCUUUACACAUCUGUCAUUACCAUCUUUCCUGUCUUUACACCUCUUUCAUUACCAUCUUUGCUGUCUUUGCACAUAUUCAAUAGAUUUCUGUGAAGACAAAUGGGAGUCGCUUAGUCAAUUAUUUUGUCACGUGAUAUGAGUAAAAACGAGUAAGAUUUCCGGUAUACUGUAUACAACACACUAGUGCUUGACAACAGUAGCCCAAUACACACUACAACUACACUAAAUUUCGUCCAAUGAAAAUUAACAAUAAAAUAAACAAAGGGGAAUGACUCCUGCAUCAAUAUUGAAUAAAAACGCAAAUGACGUCAUGAGCACGCACGGAGCUCAACAACAUCCUGCCUAUAAUAGUAUUGAUGGUUCCCAUCGAAUAUCGCUCACAAAUUUUUCUUGAAAUAACUUUCUUCCUUUAAUCAUAACUGACGUAUAUUUAUUGUCACAUUUAUGUAUUUCAUUUAAAAAACGCGUGUAUUCCAGAAUAUUUCGAAAGGUAAAAUUUUUAAUUAACAUAACAUUGGGGAAGCACUGACGAAGUAUCUUUUGUUGUGUGUUGCAGCCUAGUGAUGACUUACUCAUAUCACGUGACCAAACAAGGAAGUGACUAAGCGACUCCCAUUGAGAAUGAUUUACAAUCAAUGAUGGGUUAGGCCGCUACAAAAAAAAUCCCUGUUUUAAAUGCAAUUUUAAGAAUGCUAAAGCCCAUAAGUUACUGUCAUCUUAUAAAAAUAAUUUUGCUGAAAGAUUAUGUCAACGAUAGCAAAAAAAAAGUCAGAAAUAGCAAAUAUAACUGUCCUAUUUAAGAUCUUUGGUGGCGUAAUGAAACUAAUAAAUGAGUUAACCAGUUGUUACUUAAAUAACUAAUGAAUUAUUGUGUUAAAAUUUUGGAAUUUACCAUUUACUUCAUUUUACUACAAGUGGUCUUCAAAUUCAAUAUUUUUGUUCUAAUGUUAUGUAUAUUUGAGCUCCUAAAUCUUUAAUUUUUUUUCUUUAUUUUCUAGGGAUCAUUCAGUCAAGGGAAAAGUUGAGCGUAUUUUUAACAUAUGGGGAGAAAGGAACGUCUAUGAUACUGCCUUUAUAAAAAAUCUUGUCGGCAUAUUGAGUAAGUAAAAAAUCUACGUAGCCUGUGGAUAUAGCUGUGAAGAAGAUUCAGUAUUUCAAGUUUUCUGGGUAUUUCUUUUUAAAAUGACGCUAGUGGGCUUUGUAAUGAAAUGUAGACCUGUUUUCGAAAAAAAAUAUUUUCCUUGGCCAAUUUAUUGUAUUUUAAAAAUCUGUGAAUCUAGAUGGACAGAUGGUCAAAUCCAAGAAAGGUCAAAAAGAACCAGCAUCAAAUAAUGUCCCUCUCAGUCCAGUGGGUACACCAUUUGUUGAAUUUGAGCAGAAAGAUACUCCUGCUGAAUCCCAGAGUGACAAUGUGGCUGAGAGAGAUGCUGAAGAAAGUGCUCGUAUUCUUGCGGAAUUUAAGGUAAUUUGUGUUUUCUUUUAAGAUUAAUUUUUGUCUUUGUGAUUGUGAUUAGAUGUAAACCAAACCAACAAUUGUGUGGUUAAAAUUAUGAAAAGUAAUGCUGUGAUAUCUUUGUUGAUUUUGGGGAGUAAAAUUAAUUACUUUUUCAGCCACAUGAAAUGAUAGACCAAAUCACAGCCUUUAGGCGCCAGGAAACUGAUAUUCAAUUUAGAAUCAGUCAGUUAACUCAUCUGAAAUUGGAUGCGUCAAGUCUAGAGGCAGUUAAACAACUUAAAGGUAAUAAAUUAAAUUGUGUAUAAUACUCUAGGAUACUUAGAAACAUUAAUAUUUAGUGGUUACAUUUCAUUACUAAGCAUAAAUAAAAUACUUUGACUUAAUGUUUGUGUGAAAUAUAUAUAAGAGGAUGAGAGGAAUGAAUCAUAAUUAAUCAUUGUAACGUUUUUAUUCAACAUUUGUCACAUUUACUGAGAAAGGUUACACAAUUCACCUGUUACAGAAACUCAAUAAGUAUCUAACAUUAUAGAUAUUUAUAUUUCCAGGAUUAUUUUCAUUAUGAAAUUCAUUUAGAUGUAGCUACAUGGAAUGAUGAAGAUCAUUUUUCAAUGCUUACAGACAGGGCUCAUGGCAAUGAUUUUUCUAGCCAGUUUGAGGACUCCUGUACUAAACUGGAAGAUUUAGUGAAACGACAAACACAGCACCUUGAAGAUCAAAAGUCUUUACUUGACACAUUAAAUACCAGUGAAACAUUCUAUGAAGAGCAAUACAGAGAAGCCAAGAUUGUGGCUAAUGUAAGUAAUCAUUUUAUUAUUAUGUCCACAUUUCCUUGCUAAUGUAAGUAAUCAUUUUAUUAUUAUGUCCACAUUUCCUUGCAGUAUAUAAUGUUGGUUAAAAAGAAUAAGAUUGUAUAUUUUGUCUAAUAUUUUUUAAUUGCCUCCUUGAGUGCAAAGUCUUGUACAUGUGCUCUCUAUAUAUCUAGGCCUACAAGAAUUUUGGUGCAAGAAUCAACAACAUGAAAAAGAAGCUGGAUGAAUUAAAGCGAAGCAUGCCUGAGCCAGAUAGCCCUAUUCCUUCCCCAGAUAUAAAUGCGCCAUCACCUGGCAACACACCUCCUCAUUUAUCUGGGUCGGGAUACCUUUACAACCCUGCUGGAUCAUCAAUGAACUAUGAGGCAACAAUGUCGCAGAGUGGUAAGUUCAAUUUCACUUAGUUAAAAGAAAAGUGGUCUCACAGUCUUGAUUCCCUGUGAAAUUAACUAGGAUAAUAAAUUAAAAUUAUUUGAAUCUUCUGUAAUAAGUCCUCAUCUGAUCCAGCCAAACAUAUUUCCAUUACACAAUAGAUUGUUCCUUUAAAUGUAUUAUAUAAAUAAUGAAUAUGACUUUCAUUGACUAUGUCUAUUUAAGAAGUGAAAGAAAUUCCUUUAAAUGUAUUAUAUAAAUAAUGAAUAUGACUUUCAUUGACUAUGUCUAUUUAAGAAGUGAAUGAAAAUAAAAAUGUUGGUAAGACUUUAGAUGUUUGAUCUUCUAACAUUGUGGCAUGGUACCAGACCUGGUUACAAUUUUGGCUUCCAAAUUACAAUUUUAUAAUGUUGUUUACAAUUUACGCCAAUAGCCAUUGGAAAUGUGAUUAAAAAAGUAGAAUUGUUUACAGAGUAAUGCUUUUAGUGCUACUGGACAUUAUUAAUGAACUUUGUUCUUGUUGCUCUCUAGCUUGGAUGUACAAUGGUAGUGGAUCAAUGGCAAUUUCAACAAGCCUUAAUCAGAUGGGUGGAGAUAGCAACACAUUCCAAGGUAGGGCAUGUUCCUUUUUUACGAUCAGAUAAUAUAUGAUCAGUUAGUUUAAAAUAUUCUCAUGCGAUUGAUGGCAAGUUAAGACAUAAGAUAUGAUUUCUGGUCGGCAGUUUUAAUAAAAGAAUAAUCCAAUAAUUUUCAUCAUUAAUUUUUUGUGAUCCACAUAUUAAAAAUUAUUAUUUAAUAAAUAAAAGACUCAUAGACACUCUGGCAUGCUGAAUUUGGUAAGCUGAUGUGGGGAACCAGUUGCAGAUCUCUUUACACUUAGGAUUUUGGCGUGCAAGGAUCAAUUUUGAGGUGUCUUUUACCAUUGUGCGCCAAGAUCCCACUAGACGCGAGUAGUUAUUGUAUUCAUUUUUUCUUUUUUUAAAAAUGAUAUUGCAAGAUUUUAAGAGUUUGAGAAUAAACAGGUCUGCAGUUGGAAGUUCGAAUAUUUUUUAGGGGAAAAGAAGUUAAUUUUCUAAAAUAGAUUACUAACAAGUGCUGCUACCACGCAAGUGCAUGGUACCACAAUGGUGUCACAAUGGAACGGAAGAAAGUUGCUUUGUUAGUUCUAAAAUAGAUAAACUUUCAACUGCCAGCUCCAUUUUAUAAAAUGCCAGGUCAAUCUGACCUAUUAAUUUCUUCUUCUUCUUAUAUUUGAGGGGCCCUCGACCUCGAGGAAACAUUUGCAGUUAAAUUUUUAUUCCAUGUGAUAAAAAUAAAGCAUAAGAGCAUUCCAUAACUUCCGUUUAACAACAUGGUGACAAUGUAAGAAAAUGAUUCAAUAAAUCAUUCAAACCCCAGUCAAAGUGGAGCUACUCCUCAAUUACAGAUAUAAGUUUAGAAAAUGUUUAAAAAAUCUAUUUUGUUAUAUAUUAAUAUGAAAUAAAAUUAUUCACAUUUGUAAUUGGUUGCAUUACGAGUUGUAUUAAAUAAUUGUCCAUUGCUUUUGUUGAGUGAAUCCUAAAUGUCAAACUACGAUUAAGUCCUUUUGAAUAAUCUUGAGCAUAAAAACAAAUAAUUAAUCUGCUUUGAAAUAAUAAAUACUCCCGGCGGAUCGAUAAAUCAACAAAAUAUUUGGAAGUAACCUCCCUUGGUCUCUUAUCUUGCGAGAAUUUAAAUGGUGAGAUUUCCUCUUUAUAUUGAGCAACUUGAAACAGCUUGACCUGAGGCCGGAUUUGGCCAUCACGAGGUUGAAUUGGUUAAAACUAUUUUUUUAAAGUUGAAACUUUUUGUUUGGUGCUAUUUAUUUUUGAUCAAUAUUAUGAAAUUCUUUGAAUUAAAAGUUUGUAUCUAGCACAAAUAAUUGCCCUUUUUCAGAUUCUCCUCCAUUGGAGGCCCCAUCACCUGAAGGUUCCCCACCAGAUCUCAAUUUGGAUGGAUCACAAUCUGGUAGGUUCAAGAAAAUGGAACAAAGUAAAAUCUUCACAUUAUAUUUUUAAUUUAACUCACGAACUGUUAUCGGCCGAUUUUCUCUUUCUGUACAGUGUCGGCCGAUAAAAUCAGCGGAUAAAAAUUGCGUUAAAAGAACAACUUCCGGUCCAAUAUUUUAAACUAAUUAAAACUACUUCCUUUUAUUAAUAAAUGAAAUUCCGUUUUUCGCUCUUCUGUUUCCUUUUUUUCAACUUUGAAGUUAUUUUAACAACGAUCUUUAUCAAGCAAAUUUGUGUAAGUAGAUUUUCGCGAAAUGGAUGAGGCCAUAGCUGGAACAUCUGGCUUACAAAAUAAAUCAGUUAGGAAUCUUUUUGAAAACUUUUUACUUACCGAUCACACACGAAGACAAUGAUAAUGCAGAUUAUUUUCCUGGUGGCUUAGAAAGUGUAAUACAGGCUUGGGCGAUUUAGACCUAGGCCUAGAACGAGUAGGUGUUGCCGCAACAAUAGGACUCAUUCAAAACUAUGUUGCAGAUCAUUGUGUACCAACAAAAAAUAAUUGGAUGUUGCUCUAUAUAUGUUUUCUUAUAUUUCAUUUUAUGGAUUAUAAUAAUAUAUUUAAUUUUAUAUAACAGCUUUUUAAAUUUUAUCUCUUUGUUGCUUUUUAGUAAUGUUUAUAUUGUUCAUGUCCUGCUUUGUUACUUGAACUUGAACGCAAUUAUAGGUAUGAGAAGAAUUUUUUUAAAAAAAUCUAUUAAUAACUAAUACAGAUACAAAUAAUAAUUUUCUGAAAGAUAAAUAAAAAUGCCAUCAUAUUAUAUAAACUUUAUAAUAAUAUGCCUUAAAAAUUGUUGUUUGAGGUACUUUACUUUAGUCUUAGCCAACCCAAGGUCAAGAUCACAGAGUAGAAAAUAGCAUUAACAAAAUAGCCAAUAUGAUUCCCCACUCAGUCUAAUAUCAAUAAAUACAUACUUUAUGGGGUCUAGCUAUAGUAUUUGCAUGUGAAAAAUCACCUUUUUCAAAGGCACCCAAAAAGCUCUAAAUUGCCUGCACAGUACAGAAUGACAGUUCGUGGGUCAAUAUACCAAACCUGUUUAUUCUUACGAUUUUGGUGUACAAUGUACGAUUUUGAGGUGUAUACAUUAUAUAUAUUGUAUGUUUUUAAAAAAAAUAUUUAGAUAAUGUAUUGAAUGAUUUUGUGAUGAUAUUGUACGAUUUUAAGAGUUUGAGGGUAAACAGGUCUGAUAUACCAUUUCAGUCUGCUUCUAAUUAAUAAUGUUGAAAUGUGAGUUUGAAAAAAAAAUCUUAAUGGCAACCCUAUUAAUAUUGGACACAUGUGGUGAAUAGGCCUCUCAAUCUCAAGUAUAGCAAAUGUGAUUUCGCCCAAAUUUUGUAUGUACAAUUAAAAAUUGUUCUUAAAGUUAUUCAAAAUGUAAGUUUAAUUUACUAUUGAUUGUACAUGAAAAGGAAUAGUGAAUUUUGUAUAAAAAUAAGAUUGAACAACUAAUUUACUAUUGAUUGUACAUGAAAAGGAAUAGUGAAUUUUGAAUAAAAAUAAGAUUGAACAACUAAUUGACUAUUGAUUGUACAUGAAAAGGAAUAGUGAAUUUUGUAUAAAAAUAAGAUUGAACAACUAAUUUACUAUUGAUUGUAAAUGAAAAGGAAUAUUGAAUUUUGUAUAAAAAUAAGAUUGAACAACUAAUUUACUAUUGAUUGUACAUGAAAAGGAAUAGUGAAUUUUGUAUAAAAAUAAGAUUGAACAACUAAUUUACUAAUUUACUAUUGAUUGUACAUGAAAAGGAAUAGUGAAUUUUGUAUAAAAAUAAGAUUGAACAUCUAAUUUACUAUUGAUUGUACAUGAAAAGGAAUAUUGAAUUUUGUAUAAAAAUAAGAUUGAACAACUAAUUUACUAUUGAUUGUACAUGAAAAGGAAUAGUGAAUUUUGUAUAAAAAUAAGAUUGAACAACUAAUUUACUAUUGAAUGUACAUGAAAAGGAAUAGUGAAUUUUGUAUAAAAAUAAGAUUGAACAACUAAUUUACUAUUGAUUGUACAUGAAAAGGAAUAGUGAAUUUUGUAUAAAAAUAAGAUUGAACAACUAAUUUACUAUUGAUUGUACAUGAAAAGGAAUAAUGAAUUUUGUAUAAAAAUAAGAUUGAACAACUAAUUUACUAUUGAUUGUAAAUGAAAAGGAAUAUUGAAUUUUGUAUAAAAAUAAGAUUGAACAACUAAUUUACUAUUGAUUGUACAUGAAAAGGAAUAGUGAAUUUUGUAUAAAAAUAAGAUUGAACAACUAAUUUACUAUUCAUUGUAAAUGAAAAGGAAUAUUGAAUUUUGUAUAAAAAUAAGAUUGAACAACUAAUUUACUAUUGAUUGUACAUGAAAAGGAAUAUUGAAUUUUGUAUAAAAAUAAGAUUGAACAACUAAUUUACUAUUGAUUGUAAAUGAAAAGGAAUAUUGAAUUUUGUAUAAAAAUAAGAGUGAACAACUUUUUUCUUCAUUUGAUUUUACAUGGUAGUAGUAUUUCAUGGUUUCUGUAUGGUAGUAUUUCAUGAUUGCUAUUUAGUGUGGCAAACUUUACAAACUUUACUUUUCAAUGGCUGUAACUGUACCUUUUUGGAUAAAGGGGUCACUGAGGCCUUAACCUUAUAAAAAAACAUCAGCCAUUAUGCCCUUCUCCGUCAUUUCAUGGCUGAUAUAAUCUAGUAAAAAUGUCCUUAUAAAUGCGACUGAUUCAAAACUCAUUUAGUAUUUUUUCCCGUGUAUUUUGUGUGAAAGAAAUUUGAAGGUAGUGAAUUACAUUUUAUAAAUUGAGGAAAUUAAAUUAAAAUUUUCUGAAAGGAUAUUCUUAUAGUAUCUCCAAAACUUGAUAAAACGAUAGAUCAAACAAAAUAGUGACUCUGGGGGUGGGUUGAAUGGAGAAGUUGAGAAGUACAGUUUUACUCAGUGUAAAGGUCAAGGUCAAAAUCAACUUAAAAUACCUCUGCGAUAUAAACCAUUACUUUUCAUACUGGUACCAUAUGAUUCCUUGUCCAAUGUUAAAUUGACUACAGUAUCAGAAUAUGCAAAGUUGUUUCGUAACAAUGUAAGGGUCUCUGAAUUUUGAUGGGAUUUUGUUGUUAUAUACAAGCAGAUCAAAAUGCUAAAACUAGCUUGAUGCCACAGAUCAAAUACACUCAACAUUAAUAAAUGGAGGAUGCAUUCAAGCUCUGUGAAAUAAAUAAAUAGUGAAAUAAGAUAUGUUGAGGCUUGAAGAAAAAAAAGAGAGAAAUUAAAACGACAUUUUCGGCUCAUUGCCUUUUUCUUCUACAAAACAAUUUAUAAAUUUUUUGAAAUUAAUAACUUAAAAGUGUUCCUAGAUCAGAAAAAGUUAUAGGGUUAUUGUAUUCUCUUGAAAUGUAAAAUCAAUAAAUCACAGUUCAUGAUAUAUUCUGGUUCUGAAUUUACUUACGUUUCAAUUAACUAUUUUUUAUGUGUUUUUCAGCUAGUGGGAGUCUUGAAUCCCGAUUGGCAAGCUUUUUUGACAGAAACAGACAUGGAGCAGCAAACCCACCUGUGUAUACACCUCAAGUUGCUCGCUCUUUAGCAUCAAGUACCAAAUUGUCUAAAUUUGGUGAAGAAGAUGGCAGUACAACCCCCUUGGAUGAUGAAACACCCACAACUCCUGUUCAGGAUGAGAAUUUGGCUUCUCCUCCGAAACGAAACACACCACCUAAGAAGGAAAAGCCCAUCGACUUCUUGUCAAGGCUUAUUUCACAAACCCAGAAAGCACCAGUUAAAUCAGGACCUGCCAGUUUCUUGGACAGCCUGUCAUUGCUAACUAAUGUUUCAAAGAAAUCAGACAGUGAUGGUCGUCUUGAUGCUGGCAAUCCUCAGUCCUGGGCAGCGUGGAAGGCAAAGUCAAAUGAUGGUAAUCCAUCACCCACUCAGCCUUCACCUUCGUAUGGACCUCCAUCGGUCCUGAACACCACACAAUUCCCUCCAACCCCUACCAUGGUCCCUCCUCCAAUUCCCCUGCCUGUCCCUCCUCCAUCGCUUUCUUUGAAUAUGAGUCUAAGUAUGCCUCCUCCGCCCCCACCACCCUUUACCCUCACAUCCUCAUUGCAUUCUGACUUCUCCACACCACCACCUGGCUUCCAACAAACAUCUCCGGGCCAAAAGGAAAACUGGCCGGAUGUACGCAGUCAAGUUUCUGACCACGCUAACUCUGGUCGAACGGCUCACAGCUCUGUUCUAAAAGAAUUAAUACCCGCGGAAAGCUUCGAUAGUAAGGCAUCAGGCCAUGCAAUAUCCAAAGAAUCCACUUCAAUCAUUGACUCUGAUGCUAUGGAAAUUGUAAGUGAUGAAGAAGAUGAAACCUUGCAUGCUCACCUGGAAGCUGCCGGUGAGGCUAAAGCAGAAUUUGCUUUAAAACUAAAGCAGAAAACCUUGGCACAGGGUUCAUUAAAAUCUCACAUCUUUGUUCCUAAUCCAGAGCGACCAAACCUAAUGACACUUGCGGUACAAGAUGACCUGGAUGAGGAGGAUAUGAUAGAUGACAAUACUGUGCUAGAAGAACCUAAUAUUUGGUCAUCUAAAAGUCAUAAGACAUCUCACAGGUCUCGGUCCAGAUCUCGAUCCAAAGAGAAAGACAGGACUCAUAAGCAUAAGAAGAAGAAAAAACAUAAGCGCAGUCACAGUGAUGAGGAAGACUCCAGACAUUCUGAAGAUGAAAGCAAAGCAAGUUCUAGUUUGGGUAGUGUUGUUAAAAAAAUUGAUGGUCGAUCUAGUAGCAGAAAUAGUCGAGACAGUGGGAAGGGAGACAAAUAUGAAGAAGAUCGAAAAUAUGAUAGAAAGUAUGAUAAGUUAGAUGAUAGGAAGUAUGAACGCGGUGAUGAAAGGGCUUAUGGGGGUAGAGGGGAUUACAAGUCUCACAAAAACCUAAGAGGUACAAAAGAUCCAGUUGAGGCAUAUACACAGGCUUAUAGAGAUGCAUUUUUUCAACAGUAUGGUCAGACAAGAUUUCCUCCCUUUCCAGGUGCUGCCCCAUCAAUGGACCCAAGGGCCAGAUACGGAAAGUACUGAAUUACACAUAAAGAUAUGAUAAAAUUGUCAAUUGAAAUAAUGCUUAUUUCUUUUUAAAAAACAAAAUUUUAAUUUUUUUUCUUUUAAGGGUGUCCAUUGCAAUUGUUAAAUUGUCUCGAUAUUUCUCUUUUUUUUACUUGUUGAUAAUUUGUAAUUAACCAGGAGAAAAAUUUGCGAGCAUCGUUUCUAUUUGUUGAUCAAUCUAAAAAUGUGACCAUAACAUUUACUUUUUAACAAAAUUAUUUAUCUAUUUUCAGAUAUUUCUAUCAUGGUAAUUAAAAAAUAAGGUUUUAAAAUGCUGCUUUUAUGCUGAAGUGUUAAUAUUGCAGCUAUUGAGUGGGAUGUCUCAUGAAAGAUGAGGUGAAUCAUAUAUUGUAUCAUUUCAUUUAUCUGUGUAUUUCAAUUUCAAAUCUGAUGUAAAUUUGUUUAUUUCACCAUUCUAAUGGAUAUGCCUUUAGGUUUGAAGUUAAGAAAUGCUUUGACUUACACCAGAGCAUGUAGUUGAUUUAGCCUUUGUCCAAUGUGUAUAACACAUUCACAUUAUUUUUUUUAAAAUGUUGCUUUGUCAAUUUGUUUUUGUUCAGAUCAGCAAGUAAUGAAAUGGAACCCGUUAUUUCUCAAUGAUAGAAUUGUUAUUAAAUUUUGCAUACAAAAGAAAAUGUUUUAAUUUUAUCUUUUCACAACACAACAAAGACUAUUGCUUUAGCAGGAUCAGAUUUUAUUACA